UCCAUGCUGGCUCCACCCCUAACUCCAUCCAUGCUGGCUCCACCCUAACUCCAUCCAUGCUGGCUCCACCCCUAACUCCAUCCAUGCUGACUCCACCCCUAACACCAUCCAUGCUGGCUCCACCCCUAGCUUCUAUCUCAUGUUGGCAUUUGGACCUGUCAACAAUGGACUCAUGCAGGUUCACACAAAAACUUUCAUCAGCUCCCACAAGGUGGACAUUUUUACUCCUCAGCUCGUCUCAACUUCUGCAAUCUCUCCUGUCAUCAAAGCACACGGAGCACUGCUGCUGAUUGGCUGGAUGAUCACAGGCUCCCAAGGCAUGCUGGUGGCCAGGUACCUGAAAGGAGUCAGCAGAGGUCACAAGGUGUUUGGCAAAGAUGUUUGGUUUGUGGUGCAUGUCAGCCUGAUGAGUGUGACACUUGCAGCGACUACAACUGCCUUCAUUCUCUCAUUCUCAUACGCCAAGAACUGGUCUGGGGGGGUCCAUCCAGUUCUGGGCUGCAUUGUGACCACGUUGUGUGUAGUUCAGGUCUUACCUGCUCUGCUGCGCUGCCAAGUCCAACAUCCUCUGAGGGUUGUGUUCAACUUCUUCCACGCCUUCUUGGCAGCACUCAUCAAACUUCUGGCAGUUGCAGCCAUCUUCACUGGCCUGAAGUUGAUUGACAGCUCUGCCAGCCAAUGGCUGAUGAAGGUGAUGGGCGGGCUGCUGGGCUGGGAGGCGGUCUUCCACACCUUGCUGCAGGUCAACACCUCAUGCAGACUGCACCCUACAGAGGCUGCAAAGGUAAGAAGAGGGGACACACGGCCAGUCUAGGUUUGAUGAAAUAUUAAAUAUAAACAUGCUUGUCACUCAGAC